CAGAGUGAAAAUAACACCCCUCUAACAGCAUGGCCGACCAGUGGAGCAGAAAUAUUAUCAGCCAUUUGAUUUCAUUAACGUUAAUUCUCAAUGGUGUUAGUGGGCAAUCUUGUAAAAAAACUCAGUCCGUGCUCGUGUAAAAUGGAUAGUGGAUUUGUGGUGGAUCUAAGUUCUGUAUCUAACAACGACAAUACGCCAUAUUUUAAGGAUGUGUUGAAACCAGGUUCAAAUAACGAGAUGUACUCAUUUAAUCCGUGUAGUGGUUUUACCGAAGGGACGGGAUCCUGCUCUGAUGUAGCGUUGUGCAAAAUUAGCGUCACCGGACCUCUAGAACAAUAUAUUUCUCUGGGCUCCCAAAGCACAGCCACUUUUUCUGUUAACGGUGACGUCAUAGACCUACAUUAUACAGAUGGCUCCAGCGGAUCUACAUCAGUGGUACACAUUUCUUGCGAUGAUGGCACACUCGGGAGUAUGGAACCAAAGGGCACCACGGGGGGCCCAAACGAAAUAAAUCUCUCAACGAAACUGGCAUGUGAAACUAACACCAAGCUGUCAGGAGGAACAAUAAUCCUUAUUGGGUUUGUCUCCAUUAUUUUCCUCUAUAUUGUCGUGGGGGUUGUGGUACAGCGGUUAGUGAGGAAACAGAGAGGCGUGCAGGCGAUACCCAAUUAUGUCUUCUGGAGCUCCGUCACUGGUAACAUCAAGAGUGGAAUUGUGUAUACAGUGAAGUGUGGAAAGACAGGGCAGCGAUUUGAUAAAAUCUGAUGUUAUAAUUUAUCAUUUUAUAUGUGUAUUGUAUUAAAAUCUAGACACAUGCAACAUUUACCUGUACAUUAAAAGUUGGUGGAGCUUACUUAUAUCGUUGUAAUCACUGUUCGUUAUCUUCACUUUAUAUAUAUAUAUAUAUAU